CAAAGUCCGUCCUUCGCAAAGCCGUUCUUCGCAGGCCUCUUUCGCAGCAUCCCCCGACGUUAGGGUUUAGAGAAACGACAAUGGCGGAUUCUGAGCCCAGAACGCAAACCCAGAACGUUGAGUACAAUGAGAGGAGGCUCAAGUACCUGGAUUUCGUUCAGAUGGCCGUGAUUUACAUGGUCAUCUGCUUCUCCACUCUCUACGAAUUCGCCAAGGACAACUCCGGCCCGCUCAGGCCGGGCGUCCAGACCGUCGAGGCCACCGUCAAGGCCGUCGUCGGACCGCUCUGCGACAGGUUCCAAGACGUUCCCUUCGAGAUCCUCCGCUUCGUCGACUCCAAGGUUGACGAGUACGUGCACGAGCUGGACAGCCUCGUGCCGUCGCUGGUGAAGCAAGCGUCGAGCCAAGCCCGAGCCGUGGCCUCGGAGGUGCAGCGCGCCGGCUUCGCCGAGGCCGCGAGGAGCGGGUGCAAGAGGUUGGAGCCGGUGGCGGAGGAGUACGCCGUGGCCGCCUGGCACCGCCUGAAUCGGCUGCCGCUCUUCCCGCGGGUGGCGGAGAUAGCCGUGCCCACGGUGGCCUACUGGGCCGACAAGUACAACAGGGCGGUGUGCUUCGCGGCGGAGAGGGGCUACCCGGUGUCGGGCUACCUGCCGCUGGUCCCGCUGGAUCGGAUCGCGAAGGCGUUCGACGAGGCGGAGCGCGGGCCGGCCGCCGCCGCCGCGAACGGGGAGGUUGCGACGGCCCAAUAGCUCUUGUCGCUUUCCAUGAGUCGCGUUUGCUUUCGAGGUUCCGUUUGGUUUGAUCGUUUUCCUCCCGUCUUUUUCGGCCGAUGACAAAAUGGGAUUUUGGGUGCGAGUGCAGAA